AUUAAUAAAAUCAACCAAACCCUUACAUUCAUGAAAAAAAAAAACCAACCCCUUACCAAUCAGAGUUCGAAUAUCAAACAGAGGGAGGAGGUCGAGCUGAGGCAGAGGAAACUUGAUGGCGGCCAAGCUCGAGCUGGAGAUGGCGACGAGACCGACCCGACCUGAGGCAGAGGAAACUUGAUGGCGGCCAAACUCGAGGUUUCGAGUGGUCGAAGGCAGAUGGCGGCGCUCAAACUCAGAUUGGUCGGAGGACAGAGCUCGAGCGGCUGUGGGAACGGAGCGGGAGCUAGUUGCCGCCGACGAAGAGGAACACGGCCCGGCGAUGGCGAUCGAGCGGCGCCUGUGGGGUGUGAGGUAGGGCUGCGCCGCGGGUUGGAGAGGAGAGGUCGUGCGAUGAAGGAAUGGUAGGGUUUUUUAUUUCAGACCCUGCCCUCCGCCUUCUCCCGGCCAAAACGUCGCCGCGCCAGUCUAAAACGCAGCGUAAGGAGAAGAACCAAGUGCCCCGCUCUGGACGGGCGAACCGCCCGGGUUAGCCGGGUUUGACCGGGUUUUCCCGGGUUUGACCAGAUCCGGGCUGACUGUCAAAAGGGUUGCAUUGGCCCGUUUUUGGGGCGGGUCCGGGUCAAUCCGGUUUGACCCGUGGAUCGACCCGCGGGUUGACAACCUUGCAGAUCACCAACUUCACGGCUCUGACUUUUAUUAUUAUAUUUUAUUUUUUUCCCCUAGUGGCGCCGAAUCUUUCCCCAAACGAAGGCACCAACCCAAAAAUUAACCGCUCCCAAUUAAUCAAAGCUGAAAAUCCCUAAUUAGUAAUUAGUAAUUUGUCUGUGACCUAAAAUUCAAUUCCCCCAAAAUAAUUGUGAAAUUGAAGCUUGAUUGACGAAUCUCCCCAAACCCAUCUUAAAAGUAAAAUCAUUUCACAUUAUUACCAACCAAUAAAUACAAAAAAUAUUAAAUAUAAAUAAUACUAUUAUUAUUAUCUUCUCACUCCUGCGGAAUCAAUUUUUCCUUCCCUCGUUCGUUUUCCUACCCUAUCUCUCUGUCUUCCCUUUGCUUCGCUUCGCUUCACCCUCUUCUUUCCUUUCCUUCCACAGGCUGUAUAAUAAACCGUCUCGCCGCCGGUCUGCCCUUCUACCCAUUAAGGGCUAGCUGUUUCUUCCGCUGCUGCUUCUGCUCUUCAGUUCAUCUCUUUAUCUUUCUUUGGGGUUUUAGUUGGGUUCUGGUUGGUUCUUCGGCUGCUGUUGGGACUGUUUGGUCGCGUUUUUUGUUGUUGUUGUUGUUGCUUCUGGAUCUGAAUCUCUUGGGAGCCAGACUGUAAAUGGAUACGAGGAAGAGAAGGCCUGACGGGGCAGCUAACAGCUUCAAUGGCGGAUUCAAGAAAUCUAGACAAGGUAAGUUUCUUUCAUGCUAUGCCUUUUCUACUACAUAUAAGCGCCCCUCUUUGGCCAGUAGGUGAAGUAAUUGACCGGGAGUUGUGGGGGUGAUUUUGGCUGCUGGGUUUUGUUUGCCAUCCCUUCAUUGAGCUCCUGUUGACUUUGUAGCUUAAAGUGGUUCCUUUUUCUUCUGGGUUGCUCGUUACUUGGGAAGUUUUGCUCUUGGAACUUACUGUCCACCAUGGGAACAAUUAGCUUCUCUGUUUUGUCAAUUUUGUUUAUUGGUGAAGAAGGACGAAAAAUCUUAAAGAGUAGCUGUAGCUGGUGAAGAGGAAGUUUCUUGGUAUAGGCAAAACCGCGAAUCUGUCUGGGGAACUGAGUGUUUUCCCGGUUCUUGAGAUUUCUAGGGUUUUUUUUAAGCUCUCAAGUUGCUGGCUAUUUUGCCGAUGGAAUGUGGGGUAUCUAUCCUUUAUCAGUGUAUCUUUUGUAGUAAGGUAGCUCUGCUCAAAGUUCAGUGGGCAUUGGUGAUUAUGAAAGUCACUCAAACAUGGUGAUGUUGGAAGUCACUCAAUCGUGAUUUUGCUUUGGGGUACUUGUGUAGUAAUUCAUGAAAUCUUACCUAUUACUUACAGUUAACGCUAUUAUUACUAAAAAUUUGAUGAGAUUAUCGCAGAGAUUUAAAAAUCUUCAAAACAUUCAACUGAAGAAAGGCAAUUAAUGUUUGUUAACAGAAACAGACUCGUUAUCAACUGGUGUAGGAAGCAAAUCGAAGCCAUGCACCAAGUUUUUCAGGUUCUAAUCUUUUCUCACCUAAAUAAUCAUCUCGGAUUGCAGUACUGAUGUGAAGCAUUCUAAAGUUAUUGGGGGAAUUGAAUUCACCACUCAUAACGUUUCUGCUUCUCUAAUGAAAUUGGUAUCAUACACUUACAGGUACAAACUUGUAACUCUGCCCUUCAUCCAAUCAAGUUAACUAAUUUAU